GUCUAAUGCACAUAGCACGGGAAACAUGGCGCUGGCGGGAGCGGAACGGUAUCCACAAUAAUUAUACAGACACAAUAAGCACACAGCAGCGAACGGGAUAUGUGACGAUCCGUGCAAGACAGCGGCGUUCGUGGACAUGUUUGGAAAGAGGAAAAAGCAGCUGGAGAUCUCUGAGCCAUCAAACUUUGAGCAUCGCGUCCACACAGACUUCAACGCAGAGGAGCAGACUUUCACCGGACUGCCGCAACAAUGGCAGACCCUGCUGGACGACACUGCCAACCGGCCCAAACCUGUGGUGGACCCAGCUUUCAUCACAUCGGUACAGCUGUCCCCUAUGAAGGUGACUGUUCGGGGUGGCAAGCUGGAAAAGGACGGCAAUCUCAAUGGGCUGAUGGAAGAGUUUGACAGCGUUUCAGUUAGCCCCUCACUCCAGCACCAGGCCAGCCUCUGCCCUGACUCCAGCGUCACAGAGGAGAACGGCGUUCCGGCCUCCUCCUCCAUCUUGAGGCAGGGCGGGCCAUUCCGGGACAGCGGUGUCGAGUUCUUCCCCCGCGGGAGCGUCAGACUACCUCAGAGCCGCGCCCACCCUAGCGGCGCCAGCGCCCCGCACCCCGCCCUGCUGCAACACAAACCCUCACCCUACCUGCACCCCCCGUCGCAGCCCAGCCCGUCCUACACCCCUCCGGGGGCCUACUCCCGCCCCCCGCCCUCCUACCCUCUGCAGGGGCCAUACCCGCCGCCCAGCUGGGUCUCCGGCUCAGACCGGGUGGCCCGGGUCUCCCAUGAACAGUUUCGGGCGGCCCUGCAGCUUGUGGUGAGCCCAGGCGACCCGCGGGAUUACCUGGCCGAUUUUGUCAAGAUCGGGGAGGGCUCCACGGGUGUUGUUUUCAUUGCCACGGAAACGCACAGUGGGAAGAGGGUAGCGGUGAAGAAGAUGGACCUACGGAAGCAGCAAAGGCGGGAGCUGCUCUUCAAUGAGGUGGUUAUAAUGAAAGACUAUCAUCACAAGAAUGUGGUGGACCUCUACGACAGCUACGUGGUUGAUGACGAGCUUUGGGUUGUCAUGGAGUUCCUGGAGGGCGGAGCCCUGACUGAUAUCGUCACUCAUACCAGGAUGAACGAGGAACAGAUUGCCACUGUUUGUCUAUCGGUCCUGAGAGCGCUGUCAUACCUCCAUACACAGGGAGUGAUUCACCGGGACAUCAAGAGCGACUCCAUCCUGCUGACCAGUGACGGGCGGAUCAAACUGUCUGAUUUUGGUUUUUGCGCUCGUGUCUCUGGUGAGGUCCAGAAGAGGCGGUCUUUGGUGGGCACACCGUACUGGAUGGCACCUGAGGUCAUCUCUAGAGUGCCAUACGGCCCCGAGGUGGAUAUCUGGUCCUUGGGGGUUAUGAUCAUAGAGAUGGUGGAUGGGGAGCCCCCCUAUUUUAAUGAGCCUCCCCUACAGGCCAUGAGGAGAAUCCGGGACAACCUGCCUCCUCGGUUAAAAGAUUCCCAAAAGGUCUCUCCAAUACUACGUGCUUUCCUGGACCUGAUGCUGGUGAGGGAGCCCUCUCAGCGUGCUACGGCCCAGGAGCUCCUACGCCACCCUUUCCUCAAACUCUCCGGCACCUCCUCUUGCAUCCUCCCGCUAAUGAGGCAUUUCCGCUAACCGCCAGGUUAGCAUUUCCACUAACCACAUUUCUGCUAACCACUAGGUUAGCAUUUCCGCUAACCACAUUUUUGCUAACCACUAGUCAACCACAAGUUGACUAGUGAGGCAAGAAAUGGGGCUUCAUAGAACCAAAAAUGGGUGCUACUACAGUAUACAGUAUAUGCUACGACCGUCUCACAUAUGCCAGACAUCAUCAUUAUUAUGUUGCUGCCAAGAGAAAAAAUCUCUGGCUUGGUUAGAACUAGCCAAUGAUUGACAGAUUAUUGUAGCUCUACCCAUAAUGUGUCUCAAACCACAAGGCAUCACAAGCUUCCUGCAUCCUGGGCAUAAUGAAGCAUUAUCACACACAGUGACACCCCAACAGGGUGGUAUAGCCCCCUGGGAAUGGCAUGACUCCAGCACUGACACCUUCACUAUUGUACUGUAGUGUAGCUCAGGAAGAAAAAGAAUAAAAAUAAAAAAACGCAUUCACUUCAACUUCCAUUUUUAAAAAACGGGAACACGUGGCCAUUCGGUCUCCUUUUGGGACUGGCUGUAGUACUGUAGGUUUAAAAAAAGCACUUUGUCGCCUCCCUCUGAAUAGUGCAAUGUAAUCACGAAUAGCUGUAAUUACUCUGUACAGUUUUGACCGUUUAUAGUAAUUUAUUGUGAUAUAGGCAAGUAUUAUAUAUUUACUUCCAAGAAUUUUCAUAAUUUUACAAACGUUUAUAAUCAAUUUUCUUAUGAAGCGCUGAAUUUGAAGUCUCCAAACCUGGACUGUGAUGUUCAAGAGUCGGUAUCAUCUUUAGAGACUUUUUGAAUUUGCAGAAAAAAGAUCCAUUAAAAAGGGCGACAGACAUUUUGCACUGUUUCAAUUUUUUACGUUAAACAAGUUUUUUCAGUAGCGUUGCCUUUUUUCCCCAGACAUCAGCAGAAAGUGACUAAGUCAUAUCACUCAAGCAAUAUUGACAUUUAUUAUUAUAUUUGAAUUUCAAGUUGGAAGUACACCAUGCAUAUCUAACUCAGUGUAUUUUUCUACAGUUCAGUUAUAAAUUGCAGACGUUUUUUAAACUCUUUUGAAUAACUUAAUAAUGUGUAUCAUACUCAACUGACAUAUAGCAAUAUCCCAAUAGUUUUCAAAUAAAUAUAUUGCGUUUACAUUUCCAUGCCUGCACAUAUCACAUCCUGCUGUCCAUCCGUUCCAUGGUUAGGAUAUCGUUGGACUGUGGGAUGUUUUUCUGAUUACAAUCCCUGCUCUUAGUUCAUGUGUUUGUAAAUAUGAAUCUGUUUGGUGCUGUGUUACAUAGUGAGUGAUCGCACCUGGGAGGGAUAUUUACCUGUGGCGAUUUUCUUUGUUUGUCUGUAAAGCUGGUUUUCAAUAAUAAAAGAAACACUCUUUAUUGUA